AUGGCAUCCAAAAAACUUCUCGUUGUCUUCGGCGCAACCGGUGCCCAAGGAGGCUCGGUAGUCAAAGCUGUUCUCGGUGAUGCCAAAAUGAAGGAGAGCUGGGCGGUGCGAGGCAUCACUCGCGACACCUCCAAGCCGUCAGCUAAAGCCCUGGAGGCGCUCGGUGCUGAGACCAUGGCUGCCAAUCUCAAUGAUGCUGCAUCUGUGAAGUCAGCGAUCAAGGGCGCGUAUGCCGUGUUCGGCGUUACCAAUUACUGGGAAGAUAGAAGCUCAGAUCUUGAGUUUAAACAAGGGAAAACUAUGGCUGAUGCGGCGAAGGAAUGUGGUGUUCAGCACUUUGUGUGGAGCAGCUUGUUGAAUAUCACAGAGUUAUCUAAGGGCGCCCUCCCUAAAGUCUCACAUUUUGAUUCCAAAGCGGCUGUUGAAAAAUACAUCCGCUCAAUCGGGAUCCCUGCAACCUUUUUCCUCCCUGGAUUCUACAUGUCCAAUCUUCCAGGUGGAAUGUUCCGCCAGGUGCCUCCUAACAACGAUUGGGCAUUGAGCCUCCCAAUCCCCAGUUCCUCGCAAGUGCCACUCCUCGAUACCGCUGGUGAUACCGGGAAAUUCGUCAAGGGCAUCUUGCUGAACCGCGAGAAAGUCCUCGGGAAGCGGAUUCUAGGCGCUACGGACUACUACACCCUGGAUGAGCUGGUGGAGCAGUUCAAGAAGGUGUUCCCUGAGGCUGGCAAGACCGCAAAGGCUGUGGAGCUGCCCCAUCAAACGUUCAAGGAUAUUUUGGGUAGUGCCGGUAUGCCUGAAGAGAACCAGGAGGAGAUGCUCCAGAAUAUGAGGUUGUUGCACGAGUUCGGCUAUUAUGGUGGUGCGGAUCUGAAGGAGUCCCAUGAGAUCUUGGUUGACAAGUUGACUACAUGGGAGGAGUUUAUGAAGACCGCAAAGGCUUUUCAGGGUUUGAAGUAA